UCUCCUGGACAGUCUUUCAAUCAAAUCAACCGCAACUUUUCGGGAUCCUCGCAGCUUAAAACUCCAUCGCAGCCGUUCGAUCGCACCCCCACAAGCAUUCUCUCUCUCUCUCUCUCUCUGUCCCCCUUGGCUCUCGCCCCAAUUCUCUGUCUCUAAAGAGCCUCUCUCUCUCUGUAGAAUUGUGUGGAGAAUUUGAAUUCCGGCCAAAUUUUUGGUCGGUUAAGAUGGUUUUGCUGAUAUAUUGUAGUGAGGCCAUACCCUAGGCGCUCGUCUAGUACCGGCGCUGCUUCCGCCACCAUUCUCUUCAGUAAAUGGGCUGCCUUCAGUCUACAAGAAGAAGACAGGUUCCAGGACAUGAGGACCCAGUUGCUCUUGCUUCCCAAACAGCUUUUAGUGUUAGUGAAGUUGAAGCACUUUUUGAGCUUUACAAGAGCAUCAGCGGUUCUGUGAUUGAUGAUGGGUUGAUAAACAAGGAAGAAUUUCAGUUGGCACUUUUUAAGAACAGAAAGAAAGAGAAUCUCUUUGCGAAUCGGAUCUUUGAUCUGUUUGAUGUUAAGCGAAGGGGAGUCAUUGAUUUCGGCGACUUUGUUAGAGCACUUAAUGUCUUCCAUCCCAAUGCUCCUCAAGAAGACAAGAUUGAUUUUUCAUUUAAGCUCUAUGAUUUGGAUAGUACAGGCUAUAUUGAGCGCCAAGAGGUCAAGCAAAUGUUAAUUGCACUUCUUUGUGAAUCUGAAAUGAAGUUGGCUGACGAGACCAUUGAAAUAAUACUGGAUAAGACUUUCUUGGAAGCUGAUGUGGACCAAGAUGGGAAGAUAGGCAAGGCUGAGUGGCAGAACUUCGUUAACAAAAAUCCGUCAUUAUUGAAAAUUAUGACCCUCCCCUAUCUUAGGGAUAUAACGACUACAUUUCCAAGUUUUGUGUUUAAUUCUGAAGUUGAUGAGAUUGCUACAUAAAAAGAAAAUAGGUUAGGAACAUUCUGCAGUUGGUGUGGAAGAUAUUUGGGUGUAAUUCUUUGAACAAAAAAACAUUUUGAGAGGAAAAGGAUAGUGAGUUACUGCUUUUA